AUGGCACGAAGAAAUGAAUCAUCAACGAUUAAAGCAAAUCGAUAUUGUCGUCCAGAAGACGAAAUCAAUAUCUUAUUAAUGGGACAAACAGGUGUUGGAAAAUCAACAUUUAUAAAUGGUUUAGCUAACUAUCUCUGUAAGGAUACAUUAGACGAAGCAGUUAACAAUAGAAUGCAAGCUAUAAUUCCGUCUUCAUUCAAUUUUACUCAUUCAGACACUUCUGAACAGAAAAUGAUUAUUAUUGGAGAAGAAAAUGAACAUGAAAAGUUUAGCGUACUAGGUCAAUCAUGUACACAACAAUGUCGAAGUUUUAUUUUACCAGUAGGUAAUAGAAAUUUACGAAUAAUUGAUACACCAGGUGUGGCGGAUACGCGAGGUCUUGAGCAAGAUGCCAAAAAUUUUCACGAAAUUCUAACUUAUAUAUCUCAAUAUGAACAUUUAAAUGCAAUUUGUAUUCUAUUAAAACCAAAUGAAGAGAGAUUAACUAUACUUUUUAAAUUUUGUAUUCAAGAACUUCUUCGACAUAUACAUUUAAGUGCAAAUGAAAAUAUUAUUUUUAUUUUUACAAAUAUUCGUUCAACAAUGUUUGCACCAGGAAGUACAAGUCACAUCCUUAAAGUACUCUUAGAUCAAUAUAAAACAAAUUAUCAAGUUGAUGUACCUUUCAAAAGAAAUAAUACUUUCUUAUUAGAUAAUGAAGCAUUUCGAUUUUUAGCUGUACGCCAAAAUGGAAUUCAAUUAAGCGAUGAGCAAACAGCAAGCUAUCAAAAAAGUUGGGAUUACACUAUUAAAGAAUAUUCUCGUCUUGUGGGCUACAUUGCUACACGUUCAAUGCAUGGCAUUCUUGAUACACUUUCACUUAAUGAAGCUGAACAAGUGGUUAGAAAACUUACACGUCCAAUAGCUGAAACAGCCAAACUUAUUGAACAAAAUAUUCAACUUGCCAAACAACACAAAGACAAGGUUCUUAAAAAUCCACAACUUGCCUCAAAAGGCAUACCACAAAAUGAUGCCGCUAUUGUGAAACUGUCACACCCACGUACAGUAUGUCGUGGGGAAAAGUGUUGCCGAGUUGUUAAUAUUAACAAUGAACAAAAAACGGAAUACACAUCUAAGUGUCAUGAUAAAUGUUAUUUGAAAGGUGUUGUACAAGAAGCUGUUAAUGAUAUAAGAAUAUCUCACUGUGAAGUAAUCGACGUUAUGACAGGUAAUUGCUUAACAUGUGGUUGCCAUUGGGAAAAACAUCAUCAUAUAACGUAUGAAUAUCAAACAAAUCUGACUCAUCUAAAUGAAAAUGCCUCAUUAAGUGAUAUUGAUAAAUAUAUUACUAGUUUACGAAAUGAACAAGAGCAAAUCAAAGAUGUCUAUAAAAAGCUGGCCAAAUUUCUUCAUGCUAAUGCUAUUCUUCCAUUAAAUGAAGAUAUUCUUGAAUAUCUUCAACAGUUUAUUCAUGAAGAAAAAAUGAAAAAUAAUGCUGGUGCCCGAAAUGCUGAUGUUAUUGAUGCUCUACAAAAAAUGGUGGACGAUCAUAAAAAAGAAAUGGAAUUGUUUAAAGAAACGAUAAAAAAUGGAAGAGACCGGCCAAAUGCAAAGGAUGUACUUCAACCUGCAGAGAUAUUUCCUUUAGUUGGAACUCUUUAUCAUUUACCAAUUAACGGGAAAAAAAUUCGUGAGCAAGUUGAUGGAUUGAAACUAAGUCAAGAUAAUAUCAAAAGAGACCGAGAGAUUUAUCUGGAAUUACCAGCACAAGCCAAUUCAUCAAAAGUUAUGCUUGCAUUUAAAACUGCUAUCCCUCCUAGAGAACGAUUUUAA